AUGAUGAGGAGGAGUAGAAAGAUGUGGAGGAGGAUGAGGAGGAGUUGGUGGAGGAGGAGAAGGAGGAUGACUAGGAAGAGAAGGAUAUCGAGAAGAUACGGGAAAAUUCGAGAUGGAGGAGGAAAAUUCGGUGAAAUGGGUGUAGCAAAAGAGGAAGAAUAUUUCUACAAAAAGACCAGGAAAGAACUUGAUUCCUUGCAAAGUGACAGACCUAAGCAGAUAGAACAUCUGAAAAAGUCCAUAGAAAACCUCAAGAACGAGUUACGACAGCAUGAGAAAAUGCUCGAAGAAUUCACAAAAAAGAAGUAG